AUGUCAGAGGAUCUUGCAACAAAGGUGGCAUUUUUGGAAUCCUUGGUUAAACGCCAAUCGGAAUUGUUAUCGCAAACAGGCCAGCAGGUGUUGGCACUCACCGUCAAGCAGACAAAGGGGCAAAUUGAAGACUUGCAGCCGCCGGCCAUUCCAGGCGUAGUGGUGCCAAAUAUUGACACCUCAGACUUUGUGGUCAAUGACGAUAUCGUGCAAUUGGUAUCAGAGUUGCAGGGCCAGUUGGACAACUUGGAAACCAGAAGCAUCAGACGCGGGGUGAACAUCUUGAAGAGCGAUGACGAUGCCGUGUUGGCACCAAUGCUCAACAAUGACGGAGUGGAGCCCCCAAAGGAGUUGUGGCCAGCCACGUUGGGUGUGUUCAAGACCUUUGACAAGAACCACAUCUUGGAGUUGAGUGCUUUCUACGACUUGUUGCCACCGCUGAAGGCAGAGCAAGACAGAAUGCAGGCAUUCAUGGAGGGAGACUUGAGCGGCCUUAGUGAGCAGGAAUUGGCCAACGGAUUGGAAAACUUGAAUGUGGAGCCUAGUGCUGAAGACUACAACGAGGAGGAGGUUGAUACGUUCUUUGACGACUUGGCUCGUUACAUCGGGGUCACCGCCAGAAGAACCCCAGCCGCAUGGUAGGCAAAAACUGAUCCUUUUCGAUGCCUUUAGAUGAAUAGAAAAAGUUUAUAUGAGACGUAGUGGUACGGAGCCAUUCUGGGAAGGUUUACGCAAAACUGUCCUCUCGGGAUUCCAGAGUAUGUCGCAACUACCCCUUGUAUGCUAAAUGCUUUUGUACCUAUUGCAAUGGUACGUAAACUCUAUCGCAAUAGAGGGUAACAUGCCAUGAUUGUAUCUUGAUACCAGCAUAGCCUGCAGACUAUUACCUAUUAUCUUCCACUCCAACCAAUACAUACAAGCGUC